CCGGCCCUGCCCUGCCCUGCCCCCGGGUCCAGUCUCCGGUCGGCCCGCGGAGCCCCGGCCUGCCGGUGCCGGAGAGGCGGCAGCUUUGAGACGGACAAGCGGCUGCCUCUGACGCAGGCGGUGGAUAGGGUUGCCAUGGAGAGCAGUUGGCAGGGUUAGCGAGGAGCUUCACAGCCCGCCUUCUGCACACAUUAGCCGGGAGUUCGUACGUCAGCCUGCGUCAGCCAGGAUAACAUGAUGCCUUCUGCAACGGCCGGGACCUUGUAGCCUUUAUUUCUCUUUUGUUCCGGAGGCCGGGGGUUAUCUGCCCGAGCCGCCUCCAGCACCCCGCUCCCUCCAGCACAGGGGCUGCUCCCCCUCCCCUCUCCCACCGCUUUCACACAGGACUCCUGCCUCGCACCCGGCCCAGAGGCUUCUUGUGGGUGUGAGUGUAUGGUGUGUAUGCGUUUUCGCCCCUCUUUCUCCUAGGCGAGGCGGAAUGAAGUUGUUUCCGAGCGUGUAGUUCCCUCUUUGCCCGGCCCCCAGCAUGGUCAUGGCGGAUUGCCCGGGCAAACUACACCGGGGUCCCGUCCGGGUCGGCUUCUACGACAUCGAGCUCACUCUGGGGAAGGGCAAUUUCGCCGUCGUGAAGCUGGGCAGACAUCGCAUCACCAAGAGCGAGGUCGCGAUAAAAAUCAUUGACAAGUCUCAACUGGAUGCUGUGAACUUGGAGAAGAUUUACAGAGAAGUACAGAUCAUGAAACUGCUCGACCAUCCACAUAUCAUUAAACUGCACCAGGUCAUGGAGACCAAAAAUAUGCUCUAUCUUGUAACAGAGUAUGCCAAGAACGGAGAGAUCUUCGAUUACUUGGCAAACCAGGGGCGCCUGAGCGAGCUGGAAGCCAGGCGCAAGUUCUGGCAGAUCCUCUCAGCGGUGGAAUACUGUCACAACCGCAAGAUCGUCCAUCGGGAUCUGAAAGCUGAGAACCUACUGUUAGACGGCAACAUGAAUAUUAAAAUAGCAGAUUUUGGUUUCGCUAACUUCUAUAAGCCAGGAGAGCCUUUGUCGACGUGGUGCGGAAGCCCGCCUUACGCAGCCCCGGAGGUGUUCGAAGGACUGCAGUAUGAGGGGCCCCUGCUGGACAUCUGGAGUCUCGGUGUAGUCCUCUACGUGCUGGUUUGUGGAGCCCUACCCUUUGACGGUCCGACACUGCCACUGCUCAGACAGAGGGUCCUGGAAGGCAGGUUUAGAAUACCGUACUUCAUGUCCGAAGACUGUGAACACCUGAUCCGCCGCAUGCUGGUUCUGGACCCCUCCAAGAGGCUCACCAUCGCUCAGAUCAAGGAGCACAGGUGGAUGCUGGCCGAGGUCCCGGUACAGAGGCCCGUCGGGCACCCACAGCCCAGGGAGAGCGAGACCAGCACGGGCGAAUACAACGAACAGGUCCUUCGGCUGAUGCACAGCCUGGGCAUCGAUCAGCAGAAGACGAUUGAGUCUUUGCAGAACAAGAGCUACAACCACUUCGCGGCCAUCUAUUAUCUGCUGGUGGAGAGGCUGAAAUCGCACCGAAGCAGCUUCCCCGUGGACCAGCGGCUCGACGCUCGACAACGGCGGCCCAGCACGAUCGCCGAGCAGACUGUCGCCAAGGCGAGCCCCGUGGUGGCCCAGGUGAACCUUCUGUCGCAGAACGUCAGGAUGCUGAGGUCUUCUGUCCUGCCUCCGAACUCUGCCGUGGACUCGUUCGCCCUCCUGCAGAGCGCGGGCCAGCCGGAGCUCGGUUUCAUGGAGGAAGACGUCAACACUCCCAAGGUAAACGGCUGCCUCCUCGACCCCCUGCCCCCCUCGAUACCGAGGAAGGGGUGCCCGCCGUCCCCCAGCAACAUGAUGGAGACCUCGAUUGACGAGGGGAUAGAGACCGAGGUGGACUCAGAGGAGGACCCCGCCCAGGUCUACGCGUCCUUCCAGGCAAUGAGGUGUGGCCAGCGUCGCCACACACUGGCGGAAGUCACCAACCAGCCAGUGGUGCUGCCAAGUACAGGGAAGCUGUUCACCGUGGGGGACAACCCGUCCGUGGGGAGCUUCGACUCCGAGUACGACGUGGGGCUGGUGCACAGCGAGCUGGGCGCCUUGGAGGACACGCCGCCGCUGGCCGGCCAGUCCGUGGCCCGGAUGAACCCGCCGCUGGCCGGCAUCAAGCCCCCGAACCCGGCCAUGGAGGCACUGGCCUCGCAGAAGCGCGAGGUGCAGAACCGCUCCCCCGUCAGCUUCCGGGAGGGCCGGCGAGCCUCGGACACGUCCCUGACACAAGGUAUCGUUGCCUUCCGCCAGCACCUGCAGAACCUGGCCAGGACCAAGGGGGUGCUGGAACUGAACAAGGUGCAGAUGCUCUACCAGCAAAUGAACUCAGACGUCAACCUCGACUCCCUGCCACCAACACAAUUACAGAGGCUCCUCACCACCUACAACCAGGAUGAGGUUUCACAACAGCAGGCCAAUGCAGCCCUGUUCCCCAACGGAGUU